GGAGGAGGUCAGACCAGGCCAGGCUCUCAGGAAUUCCCUGGUCUCUACUGGCCCACCCACUUGGUGGACAGUCUGAGCCAAGUCCCUUCUGCUGGAGAAAAGCCUAGAACUGCCUCAAGAAGCAAAAGGGAAAACCCUCAAGUUAGCUAAGUCAGCAGGACAUCCACAUAUUCCACCCAGAAAGGCUGGGAAAAGGGAUGGGAGCUGGGAAGGACCUGGGGGAGGGAAGCAGAAUGGAACAGGAACCCAGAAGGUAGAACUUAGAACUCAGAACUUGGGUUUGAACUGAAGAAUUUGGAAUACAGAAUUGGGAAGAUAGAACAGAGAUGACAGAAGACCACUUGGGGAGGGGUUCCUAAUACAAGACAGUUGGAGAGAGGUGCAUCUCUUUCUUCCCACAUAAUGAGGUUGAGAACUUGAACAAGUUGUUCCAGCCCUUCUGUGCAGGGAGUGUCUUCUGCCCUCCCUAUUGCCUUCCUGCAGGCAGAACUACGGACUAGGUCCCGUAUUUCCCUCACCCCGUAUUCCUUUUCUCCCUCUUCACAUUCUCUCAGCCCAACCCUCAUUCCACUGGGCCAUCAGGUGUGUAUAGUGGGGUCAGUGACUUUGGGGACCUCCUCAGUGACCCCCACACCUCAUGAACUUCUGAGUAUCUUGAUUCUGCCUCCGUUUCAGGAAAACUUGUGGUGGAGUCACUGGUGGAACCAGUUAAAUAUUUACUAUAACCAUGGUGUCUUUUCUUCAUCUGCAAGGAAAUUUGGCAAGUGCCCCAGGCAGGGCCAGCUUCGCAGGUCCACCUGGCUGAUCUACCCCACUGGAGGUUAUUGCGUUCCCUGAGCUACUUUUGGGGAGGGCCUCCUUCUACGGCAGAAGGAAAUACACUGCAUAACCAGGGAUUCAGGACAUCAGUGUUUCUAUCUUCAGAUGAGUAGGAUUUACUGAACCUCAUCAGUACAAUUCAUACCAGGGGUAGAAAAUACUUGAAGCUGUCAAAUGCUGCGUUAGAUUUGUGACUCUGUCCUAGGGCAAAUCGGGCCUAAAAUGGGGAUGAACUUGUGGGGGGAAAGAGGCGGGGUUAGAUGGGAUUAAUGCCCACCUUGACUUGCCGCUCUUGCUAGUGUGGGAUGUUCGGGUGAGUAUGACAGUGGUUAAGAAUCCAGGUUAUGGAAGCAAAUUCACAAGUGUCCAAAUCAUGGCACUACUACAUUCUUGCGUUAUCUUGGGCUCUCGACAAAUUCAUUCAACAAAUACUUGGCCGAGCACCUACUAGUUGCUGGGCAUAGCUUUAGGCGCUGGGGAAAGAAUGAACGAGGCACAUAGUCUUUGCCCUUGCAACUUCGGUUUCCUGGUUUCAGAGGGCAGCGUGAGGCUGUUGGCCGGCUGGGACCCGCCCAGACAACCCAGGUGCCACCACCUCCUAGACCCCUCGCAGCCCAGCAGCCGCCCGCACCGCUUGGUGGCUGCGUCGGGACCCUUCGCGCUCCGCUUCCGGCCUCCACGCCUCACUUCCGGUCGGCCACUCCUUCCUUCCGCUUCUCUGUGGUGCGGGAGCCGUGGGAAGUGGCUCGCUGGCCGCGACAGGUCUGGGUGCAGUGUGGUGUUUAACAUUAUUAACCACUUGUGUACCAUCUAAAGCCCUGCUCUCAGAUCAUCUUCAUCACCUGCCCCAGUGGAGCGCCUCCUGCGUUAAUGUCCACAGCCACCUCUGAGGUCUCUGCUGUUUCCUCCUGACUUCACCAAACAACCAUGUCAUCGGAAUCGAGCAAAAAACGAAAGCCCAAAGUGAUCCGAAGUGAUGGAGCUCCAGCUGAAGGGAAGCGUAAUCGUUCUGACAUUGAACAGGAAGGUAAAUACUACAGCGAGGAGGCUGAGGUGGACCUGCGGGACCCUGGCAGAGACUAUGAGCUGUACAAGUACACGUGCCAGGAGUUGCAGAGGCUCAUGGCGGAGAUCCAGGACCUGAAGAGCAGGGGAGGCAAGGAUGUGGCAAUUGAGAUCGAAGAUCGGAAGAUCCAGAGCUGUGUGCAUUUCAUGACUCUAAAAAAGCUUAACCGAUUAGCCCACAUCAGGUUGAAGAAAGGAAGAGAUCAGACUCAUGAGGCCAAGCAGAAAGUGGACGCCUAUCACCUGCAGCUCCAGAACCUGUUGUAUGAGGUGAUGCACCUGCAGAAGGAGAUCACCAAAUGUCUGGAGUUUAAGUCAAAGCACGAAGAAAUCGAUCUAGUCAGCUUAGAGGAGUUUUAUAAGGAGGCUCCUCCAGAUAUCAGCAAGGUGGAAGUCACCAUGGGAGACCCUCACCAGCAAACCCUUGCACGUCUGGACUGGGAGCUGGAGCAGCGGAAAAGGCUGGCGGAGAAGUACCGAGAGUGCCUGUCCAACAAGGAGAAGAUCCUUAAGGAGAUUGAAGUAAAGAAGGAGUACCUGAGUAGCCUCCAGCCUCGUCUCAACAGCAUCAUGCAGGCUUCCCUACCGGUGCAGGAGUAUCUGUUUAUGCCCUUCGACCAAGCUCACAAGCAGUAUGAGACAGCCCGACACCUACCACCUCCCCUCUAUGUCCUCUUUGUCCAGGCCACUGCGUAUGGGCAAGCCUGUGCUCAUAUGAAAUCCUCCCAGCCCCCUAGACAGGAUAAGACGUUGUCUGUGGCGAUUGAAGGCAGCGUGGAUGAGGCCAAGGCUCUGUUCAAGCCUCCCGAGGACUCCCAAGAUGACGAGAGUGACUCGGAUGCUGAAGAGGAGCAGACCACGAAACGCCGGCGACCCACACUGGGAGUUCAGCUGGACGACAAGCGCAAGGAGAUGCUGAAGAGGCACCCACUGUCCGUCAUGCUGGACCUGAGGUGCAAAGAGCACAGGCUCCGGACGCGCAGGCUCAGCGGCCAUGGCUCACGGGCCCAGCCGCUCCACGGCAUGUGGGAUCUUCCCGGACCGGGGCACGAACUGGUGUCCCCUGCAUCGGCAGGCGGACUCUCAACCACUGCGCCACCAGAUGACAGUGUACUGCACCUGACUUUCUACUACCUCAUGAACCUCAACAUCAUGACGGUAAAAGCCAAAGUGACAACUGCCACAGAACUGAUCACCCCCAUCAGUGCAGGUGACUUGCUGUCUCCUGACUCAGUACUGAGCUGUUUGUAUCCUGGGGAUCAUGGAAAGAAAACUCCAAAUCCAGCCAAUCAGUAUCAGUUUGAUAAAGUUGGCAUCCUGACUUUGAGGGACUACGUACUUGACUUAGGGCAUCCCUAUUUGUGGGUGCAGAAGAUGGGUGGCCUCCACUUCCCCAAAGAGCAGCCCCAGCACACUGUGAUCACUGACCACUCUCUGAGCGCCAGCCACAUGGAGACCACCAUGAAACUGCUGAAGACCAGGGUGCAGUCCCGCUUGGCCCUCCACAAGCAGUUUGCCUCCCUGGAACACGGCAUUGUGCCAGUUACCAGUGACUGCCAGUACCUCUUCCCUGCAAAGGUUGUCUCUCGCCUGGUGAAGUGGGUGACGAUUCCCCAUGAGGAUUAUACGGAACUGCAUUUUACCAAAGACAUCAUGGAGGCGGGACUGGCUGGGGACACCAAUCUCUACUAUAUGGCACUCGUGGAAAGGGGCACAGCUAAGCUCCAGGCUGCCGUGGUGCUGAACCCCGGCUACUCCUCCAUCCCACCCAUUUUCCAGCUCUGUCUGAACUGGAAAGGGGAGAAAACCAACAACAACGACGACAAUAUUCGGGCCAUGGAGAGUGAAGUCAAUGUGUGCUACAAGGAGCUGUGUGGCCCCUGGCCCGGCCACCAGCUCUUGACGAACCAGCUGCAGCGCCUGUGCGUGCUGCUGGAUGUCUACCUGGAGACGGAGAGCCACGACGACAGCGUGGAGGGGCCCAAGGAAUUUCCCCAGGAGAAAAUGUGUCUGCGGCUUUUCAGGGGCCCCAGCAGGAUGAAGCCAUUUAAAUAUAACCAUCCUCAAGGAUUCUUCAGCCAUCGCUGACCUCCCACUCAGCCUGUUGUUUCCCCCCAGACCCAACUGCUGCGCCUCUGCUUUCUGCUCUGGCGCACAUGUGGCUCUUUUUUUUUUUUUUUUUACAUCUUUAUUGGAGUAUAAUUGCUUUACAAUGGUGUGUUAGGUUCUGCUUUAUAAUAAAGUGAAUCAGUUAUAAAUAUA